AUGGAUGCAAUUCUUGUGAAAGGUAAUUUAUUUUGCGAACAAAAGAAGGUUACCUCAAGAUGCCUCAGAGGGCUGAUUAAAUUUCAGUUGAUGUAGAAGAGUGGAUGCAAAAUCGUCCUUAGAAUAUUCAAAUAAUUAUACUUUCCAACAAUGAUUUGGAAUUUUUAAUAUGCCAAUUUGAAGUUCAUACAUCAAUAUAUAUAUAAAAAUGA